UGCCGCUGUAGGUCCCCAGAGCAGGGCCCUCUCGCCCUCUGACCCUGCCCCCCAACUCCACACCCGUCGGGCUGCCGCUCGUCCCGACUGUCGCCUGCUCCCUCCUCAGGCGACCCUCCCGGGGCCGGAGCCCCCCUGACCAACCCGCCUCCUUGCACUCCCAGCGCUCCUCCUCCGCGAGCUCCGCUGCCCGCCCCCGCCUGGACUCGGGCCCGGGGGGGACCUGGUGCCCAGCAUGUAAGCCCCUGCCAUCUGGAAUGCUGUGGCUGGCCCUGGGCCCCGUCCAUGCCAUGGAGAACCAGGUGCUGGUCAUUCGCAUCAAGAUUCCCAAUAGUGGCGCGGUGGACUGGACCGUGCACUCCGGGCCGCAGUUACUCUUCAGGGACGUGCUGGAUGUGAUAGGCCAGGUUCUGCCUGAAGCCACAACCACAGCGUUUGAAUAUGAAGAUGAAGAUGGUGAUCGAAUUACAGUGAGAAGUGAUGAAGAAAUGAAGGCAAUGCUGUCAUAUUAUUAUUCCACAGUAAUGGAGCAGCAAGUAAAUGGACAGUUAAUAGAGCCUCUGCAGAUAUUUCCAAGAGCCUGCAAGCCUCCUGGGGAACGGAACAUACAUGGCCUGAAGGUGAAUACCCGGGCCGGACCCUCCCAACACAGCAGCCCCGCAGUCUCGGAGUCACUGCCGAGCAGUAGCUUAAAGAAGUCUUCUGCGGAACUGAAAAAAAUAUUAGCCAACGGCCAGAUGAAUGAGCAAGACAUACGGUAUCGAGACACCCUCGGCCAUGGCAACGGAGGCACAGUCUACAAAGCAUAUCAUGUCCCAAGUGGGAAAAUACUAGCUGUAAAGGUCAUACUACUAGAUAUUACACUGGAACUUCAGAAGCAAAUUAUGUCUGAAUUGGAAAUUCUUUAUAAGUGCGAUUCAUCAUAUAUCAUAGGUUUUUAUGGUGCUUUUUUCGUAGAAAACAGGAUUUCAAUAUGUACAGAAUUCAUGGAUGGGGGGUCUUUGGACGUGUACAGGAAAGUCCCGGAGCGCGUCCUUGGAAGAAUUGCAGUAGCUGUUGUUAAAGGCCUUACCUAUUUGUGGAGUUUAAAGAUUUUACAUAGAGACGUGAAGCCCUCCAAUAUGCUCGUCAACACGAGAGGACAGGUCAAGCUGUGUGACUUUGGAGUCAGCACCCAGCUGGUGAAUUCUAUAGCCAAGACGUAUGUUGGAACAAAUGCUUAUAUGGCGCCUGAGAGAAUUUCAGGAGAGCAAUAUGGAAUCCAUUCUGAUGUCUGGAGCUUAGGGAUUUCUUUCAUGGAGCUUGCUCUUGGGAGGUUUCCAUAUCCUCAGAUUCAGAAAAACCAGGGAUCUUUAAUGCCUCUCCAGCUUCUGCAGUGCAUUGUUGAUGAGGAUUCGCCCGUCCUUCCGGUUGGAGAGUUCUCCGAGCCAUUUGUACAUUUCAUCACUCAGUGCAUGCGAAAACAGCCGAAAGAAAGGCCAGCCCCUGAGGAGCUGAUGGGCCACCCGUUCAUCGUGCAGUUCAACGACGGGGACGCCACCGUGGUCGCCAUGUGGGUGUGCAGGACUCUGGAGGAGAGACGCAGCCAGCAGGGCCCCCUGUGAGGCCUCGGACUGAUGACCCGGGACAGCCGUCGGUUGCCCCCUCUCCGUCUGCUCCCCUGUUCUCUGCCCUUCUCUCUGCUGGCAGAUGGCUCCACCUCCCACACCUGGGCCUUGUCUGGGGCCCCCCAGGGUCACCGGCCCCCGACCUCAGUGGGGCGGUGACAGGGUAAGGCAGUGAGAGUGGAGACUUCAACUGCCCCUGCACUGCUUCUGAGUGGCAGCAUUUUCAUGGGUGCGGGCCAGGCCCUGCCAGCCUCCGAACGCCAAGAGAAUAAAGUAUGACUGCUUUGUGAUA